CGGAGACUCCGGCGUGGGGAAGACGUGCCUGACUCACCGGCUCAGCGACGGACGCUUCCCCAGCAGGGUGGAGGCCACCAUCGGCGUGGACUUCCGCGAGAGGCAGCUGGACGUCGACGAGGAGAAAGUCAAGUCCCCUUCACCAUCGGCGUCAAACCGCAGCUGAGCGCCUCUUCUCUCACCCUAAAAGCUUCUGGACGCACACGGAGCGAGGAUGUUCUGCAGACGGGCAUGGCAGAGGGUCGGGCCGCUGGCGUGGAGGUCUCUCAACCUCCCCUGCAGAAGUGCUCCAGUGCGACACAUGUCCUCUGGGGUUCCUGGGGGCUCCAGCAACAUGACGUACUUCAUCCUGUGUGGAGGAGGCCUCACUGCUGCUGUCAUUUAUGCCUACAAGUCAGUGAAUGGGGACACGGGGCGCUAUGAGGACAGGCUGCCCGACACGGACGCCUCAGCAAAAACUGCAGCUCCGGCAACAGAAGCCACGCCAGCGGAGGAGGCGGCGCCGGCCGCGGAGGUCAUCAGUGAGCCUGUCUUCGUCCCCGCGGAACCGGUUCCAGUGGCCGCUGCAGAACUCGUGCUUGAGAGCGCACCCAAAGAAGCGGCCGAUGUGGCUUCUGAGGUGCAGGUUCUGGAGGCUGCAGCUGAAGAAGCUGCGCCCCCCGUAGAGGGAGCCUUGGAGGUAGCUGCGGCGGAAGCUGCGCCCGUCGCCAUGGAGACGCCGGCUGAGGCCCACGCGGCAGAGAGCACCGCGCCUGUGGUCGAUCUGCUUACGGCUGUGAAGGUCUUGUCUGGCUCUACAGUUGAGAUUGCAGCGGCUUCUGUUGGCGAGAAAAGUCUGGUGAAUGCUGUCCAACAAAUACAGGAAGACAGGGAAGCACUGAACUCCUCAGAGGAGGUGGUAAAACCAGAGAUCCUAGAAGCGCCCGCAGAGUCCUUCGCUGAGACAGCAGCGGCUGUGGACGAGGAGGAGGCAGAGUCUGCAGAGGCUGCUGCUGAUGAUGAACUCUCUGACGAUGAGGAAGUGGUCGCAGAGGAGGCCCCUGCUCCUGCUCCAGCAGAGGAGGCAUUCACAGCUUCCCCUCAGGCAGUAGAUGAGGUGGUGGAGGAGGCGGUUGAGGAUCCAGUUCUGAACCCCGACGCACCUCCUAAAGAAGCCUUUUUUGUUAUUGAGGCCUCGCCUGAAGACGCUUCACCAGCCGAGCAAGUCACCAUCGCAGCCGAAGCCCCUCCAGCGGAUGGCGCCUCGGGAGCCCAGUCGUCAGAGGAAGCUUUGGGAGAGGAGGCGCCUGAAGCUGCCUCCACACAGGCGCACGUGACUCAGCUGGCAGCAGCCUCCACCGCGUCAGAGCCGCACGUCCUUUCAGCUGCCGAGCCAGAGUCAGACGCUCCAGGCCACCGGGCCGAGCACUGCCACUCCUGCCACUCUGCUCCAUCAGCAGAGGAGGCAGCGCCACCUACUGAUGCAGGACAGGAGCCCAUCAGUGAGGGAGGUGUGGAUACGACACAUGAAGUCAAGGAGGUGGCGUCCCCGGUGACGAAAAAGCCAACUGUGUCUAUCUGGACUGUAAAAAGCUGCUCAGUGAUGUAAUAGUACAAUUAAGAAGAUAAAGUUAGAACUUCAGAGAAUAUGAUGGUGACAUCCGAGUCCUGACAUGACAGACAGUGUGCCUUCCACAACACUUGCUUCUCUGUCAAUAUAACCAGUGAAAACAUCAGCACAAGUCACAGGUCAAAUGAUGUAAUGUGGCUUUCUUGAAAUAGACAUUUGUAAACAUUCUCCUUGUGAAUCUGGUUUAGGUUUUGUAAACUAAAUCUCCUUUGUCCUGUAGGUGCAACAGUCGCAAAACCAGUUCAUGUUUAAAUGUACCGGUAGCCAAGUAAUAUCUGCAAAAUCUUAUUGUACACUUUCUCAAGCAUUGUACUCUAUUUACCUACAUACAUUAGCAUAUAUGACAUCAUAUAAAGGGAUAUUUUUGAUGUUUGUGCUACAGUAUAGUGUAUUAGCAGGCCUGACAUAAGGUGAUACUUAUUCAAAAGUCAUAUAAUGUAUUACUAGCACAAAAGAUAACAAACAGUAAAAAUAUUGCACACAUGUGUUUCUGUAGAUUGCACAAACUUUAAUUUUGCAUAAUACAUUUUCAGUUUUGAGUCUUAUUGCAUAUUAAUACAGAUAAUAAUGCUGAAUAGUAAUUACAAUGUGGAAAUGAUCACUAUAAUCAAUACACUGUAUCAAACAAUAGAUAUAUCAGCUUUUAUUUUGUUUAUUGUGAUGUGAAUGUGUCUUUGCUAUUAUGAUAAUGUGUUCAUGUAAACAAAUAAAGUGAUG